UUCAAAACUUCGAUUUUUCUUGUACGCCUGCGCAAUGAUUGUUCGCGGCUAUGUUCAGUGUGUAACACACUCACAUUUGCUCCACAUUUGCUCACACCGAAUCAUUAUAGUAAAUUUACGAAUAUGUGGGUGUAGUAGUGAAAUUAAAAGUUAUAAACAUAUAAAACAAUGAAUAUUAAAACAAAAAUACAAUUGAAAACAGUUAGAGGUGUAUAAUUAGAGUUACACGAUGUGAAUUAAUUAACCGAUCUGCAAGUAUAAAUGUGGAUGAUCAAGAUUAAUUUAGUUAACUAGAAUAAAAUAAUCCAUCAUGGAGGAGACAUUUUACAAUUCAACACCUCCAUUAUUUUCUAAAAUUGCUCCAGCUUACUGGAAUUAUUCGGAUCAUGUUAUGCUGGACGACAUCAAAGUGGACAGCAACUUUAUUUGGUUGCUAUGUUCAUUGGUGUCAGCAAUAUCCUGGGUUAUUUAUAUAACUUAUUAUAAUAGUCGAGUUAUCGGUUAUAUCAUAACGAGAUUAUUGAACCGAUUUGUGAUAAGAGAUGGCUACGUUAAAGUUGGAUCAUUUACGUUAUGCGCAUUAAGUGGAAAAAUAAUGUUUAGAGAUAUAGCUUACACUACGACUGAUUAUAGUUUAAGAAUUCAGGAUGGAUGGUUAAUUUUUCGAUGGUGGAGAAGCUACAUUCCAAAAGAUAUUUCCGAAGAUCUAUCGCACUCUGACACUCGUUUAUCCGUCUUAUUAAAUGGCUUUGAACUUCACGUUUACAAUCGCUGUCAAAUGUACGCACAAUUAGAAAAAGCUUUCGGCCUAACGCCGCAAAUGUUUCAAGACAUUGAAAUACAUAAUGUAAAUAUUGAUGAUCGCGACGCAGAGUCAAUAAGCAAUGCCGCAAAUGAAACGCGACAACAAAUUAAUGCAAUGGACGUUUCAAGGCACGUUGAUAAUAUAAGAAAACAAGAGGCCCACGUGAUCGCCCGAACGUGGCGGGAUCUUAUUCCGGUUAUUAAAUUAGAUAUUUGCACUGGACGAUUAGUAUUUGGUAAUCGAUUAGUACCCACGACACUUUCAAUAACAGUUGAAGAGGCGCAUUUUGUCUAUUCGACAAAACCAGCAGCAUCGCGUCACGAUCACUUUAUGCAUUUCACAAAAUGCAAAGCGGAAAAUUUCAAAGUUAUCUUAGCACCAAGUCCCAAAUACACAGGAAUGCUGGACGAUCCCCCAAGAUAUAUGGGAGAGGGUUUUGUUGUUUUAAGUUCAAAUAAUAUAGAAUUUUAUUAUUAUAUGGAUGAACCGGGAUUUGUUCCCGAUCAUCCCGAGAUGAUAAGAUUGGCAAACGGUGACAUGGUCGAGGCAAUGCCGCCAAUUUGGGGCAUUGACAUCAAGUGCGGUAAAGGAACGGACUUCAGUUACGGUCCGUGGGCCGAUAGGCAGAGAGAACAUUUGUUUAAAUUCUUCUAUCCAAAUGAUUAUCAACAUUUAAAGGUGACAAAAUCACCCGUCCCGGGCGAAAAGCGGCAGGUACAAUCGUUUGAUAUUCGUCUCUCGACAUUAAAUGAGGCGACGAUCGAUAUAUUAUUUAGUAAAAAUCGCGAGACAAAUGCAGUGCACGUGAAUGUUGGCGCUGGUUCUUAUUUGGAAAUAACAAUGCCAUGGAUUGUUCUACAAGAUGGUUUCACGACAAAAAUCACAGGACAAUUAUUACAUCUCGAGGCAACGACCAGUCUUCAAUAUCGCAGUUUAGUUGAAAGUGAAACAUUGGAAUUCAGUGUCAAGUGUCAUUAUCCAAUUAAAUGGAACGAUCAUCAAGAGUGGUCUCUAAAUUUAACCGGUUGUAAAGCAACUGCAAAUCUAGUCUACUCGCACAAAGAAUUUUUUCAGGAUAUGAUUAACGACUGGGCAAGUAAAGCGAGACCGGAUAUUCUACAUUUUGUGCCAUAUACAUGGAAAAUAAGUUUAAUAAUGAAAGAAUUUGAGGUGAUAACAAUAAGCAAUGAAUACAAUUGGAUCGAUUGCUCGUCACAAAAUCAGGAGAACGCGCACAUUGCAUUUUGUGGUGAAUUCUUCGAUAUGUCCUUUGAUUUACCAUUCACGGAUUAUCUACCAGUGACGAUACCAAUACGUUUUUGGUUACAAGGUGAAAGUGUUGAUCUUGCCUUCUAUUUGCCAGAAGUGAAUACAAAUCGUGUUGUUCUAUUGGCAUUGAAUAAGAAUGCAAAAAUUCUCACACGAGACGGCACAUGUAAGCCAAUGUCCGAAUUGAAACGUGGUAAAAAAUGGCGAAACGUUUGUCAAAGUGGAUUAGGCUGGGUCGAUUGUUGGUCAGUGCCAAUAGCCGCAGUGAGUAUUAAUUAUAUUUUUCAUCCGUGUCCACCAUUGGGACCAACGCCACAGGCAAAUAUCACGACACCUGAAAAAGAGGAAAUACUCCUCUCACCAAUGCGAAUACCCCGCUGUCGUAAAUCGCCCGGACUUCAUUGGACGCAGGACGGUAGUCAAAAAUUCGAUCCACAAACUUUAACACCCGAUAAAGUGAGUUUAGAUCUGGAAAUUGGUCCCUCGGUGCUCAUUUUGAAUGGAGCUCUAAUACGACAUUUUGUCCAUCUCAAGGAAAAUAUAUUCGGUGAUUAUCAAUCGUUCACAGAUAUGCAACAGACUCGAAGUACCUCGACUACGGUAUCGGGCGAUAAAAAUAAGGACAAAGACGCACAAAAUAGUAGCGUUGAAGCGUCAGUUGAGGAGGAGGAAGCGCGCGUAAAGGCCUUUGAUCCACGUGAUUAUCGACCAAUUGAAGUCACUGUUGGCAUCACGAUACAUGACAUUCAAGCGCAUUUAGUGAAAAAUUGCAACGACAAUGAUCCGCCGUGUCCUAUUAUUCUAUUGGAACGUUUUGGAUUUGAAAUGAAAAAAGGCUACAAGGAAACGCAACUUCAAUUAUUACUGUCGCCGGCAAUAAUGCUACUCACUGACAAUGUGACGAGACCCAGCAAGGAGAGGCAUUUAAAUCAGGGACACUUGAUGUUGAGCGCAUUACAGGUGAGAGGACACGCAAUGUUUAGCAGCGAGGGUCGAACAUUAGAUCAGGAAACAUUGGAAUACGCAUGGAUGAUUGAGGUACAAUUGGGCAAAUUGAGUGGAAAAAUUACCUCACCUCAAUUACAUCAUUUAAUCACAUCACUCGAAACUUUUCUCCUAAUGGCAAAGAAUUCCGAAAAUAGUUUACGACCACCCGAUCUUCCUCAUCAUUGUCAUCACGGUCUUCCACCUCUUCAGUGUCCUGACAGUAAUCCCGAUAAUCAUUAUCGUUGUCCGAGUUCUGAGGAUAUUAAGUACAGAAUGACGAGAGUGUCAAUAGACGCUUUGGAUCUUUAUCUUCAGGAAUCGGGAACUGCGACACAAUUUUGGAUUUCGCCGAUUCGCGUCUCAACGUGUAAUUUACAUGGACAACAGGUGAAAUCAGGAGUGACUGGUGUUUUACCAACAGUAUUAAUUCGUCAAUUUGUUUCGGCUUGUGGACAUUUUGCCAAUACCAGUAAUACAAACACAACUGGUAGCGGAAGAUCGCAUAAUAACGCCAGCAGUAGAAUGUCAGGAGACGGAUCCGAUAUUUGGCUUGAAGUCGGAUCGGUGUCAUUGGGUCCGGUGGUUAUUGAAGCUGCAAUUUCGCUUCCAACUCCCGAGCAUAAUCUUCAUUUGGUACAAAAUAAAUAUCUAAAGACACAUGACGAGUCGACAAAGCGUCUCUGGUUCCUCUGGCCCCAAGAUGUUGGAACAAAACCAACAAAAUGCGGCUGCAUUGGCGGUUGCGCUUUCUUCGGUAACAAUAAAAAUGGACCCAAAUUCUUCAAACCGAGUUAUCACGAUCUUCACGAUGGAAUUAAUAUUGCUGCCUAUCGAAUUUACGAGGCGGGAAAGGAUAGAGGUUUUGGUCAGUCAAUUUUACACGAGGGACAAUUAGUUUUCCAUACUCCACCCUACAGUUUACAGGAUGUGACACUGCAGGAUGUUUUUCAUCCUUCUUCAAAUUUAAAAGUUCCCGGACAAGAAGUUUUGCAGGGCUCGAAAAUUUGUGUCGAAAGAUCAAGAUCCGUUAUAGAUCACAAUGACGAGAGUGCAAGUAUGAAAUUGAGCGCAACUUCCGCGAGUCCUCUCACUGGAAGUUGUGAUCGAAAAUCACUGGGUCGCCGAUUUUCCUACACUUCCAAUAGAGGAUCGAACGUACGGGACGUUCCUUAUUCCCGUCUAGUGGACGCAAGUCCCAUUAGUCAGCUGCCACAAAAAUUGGAUUCGGACUCGAUUCUAAAUACCGAACGCAGUAAAUCGAUUCUCAACGUUCCGGAAAUUGAAGCAGCACCAAAAAGCAGUGUUUCGGAUUCAAAAUUAGCUGUGGAUUAUUUUAGUGUCCAGGAAAGUGAGAAUCUUCAACAGGCGAGUAGUCCGCAAUCGUGGAAAAUAAUAACUACUGAACCGAGUCCAAUUUCAACACAAUUUAAGGGUACGGAAAGUGUCAAUGUAUCCGAUUCACAUCAUUCACUUUCGGCCAAAUCCGAUUCGGACGAGAGAUUGAAGCAAGAAGUUCAGCGAACGGUGUCAAUGUCGUCAGAGAAUCAUUCGGAGGCGUUUUACUCGGCGGACGAAGACACGAGCCACGGUCUCGGCGGAAGUCGAACGCCAAGUUUACGUCAAUCCAUCAUCGGCUCGGGUCCAAUAUUAACCCGCAACGACAGUAUGAAAAAGAAAUUCUCCUCCGAUCUCUCAAUUGUCGAGAGUUCAGCGAAUGUGAAUUUCGUGACGAGUGAAAAGGCCCACACUUUAGAGAGAGCUAAACCACAAUCGCUGAAUGCUCGAAAAAGUCCCCGAGUUCCUGGUAAUCUGACUCUACACCGCGACGUCGAAUCACACGAAAAUGGCCUUCUUCACGAUUCAUCCGACAGUCAUUCAGUCUCAUCGACAAGUUUCAUAUCCGCAGUUUCCUCCCAAGAAGACAUGACCCUUGUAAAUUUACACAUGCAAGUCAAUAAACCAAUUGUUGAUUCUCCAUUAUUAAUGUCGAGUUACGUGAGUCACUUGACCCAAGUUCGUUGCUCAAACUGGAGUCAAUCGUCACUUCCAAGCGGUGAUGGCGACGCCUUCACAACACCAUUAUUCCAACCCACCGAGGACGGAAGAUUAGUCUACGUCGGCGGUCGUUACGUUCCAAAAUACGAAACACUCACCGAGGGUUUCACAACACUGAAAAUGAUAACCCGCACCGACGGUUCACCAAAAGCCUGCUCAUCAAAUAAAACACCGACCCAUCCCUACGUCUGGGACAGUGCGACACUGAUAAAUUCCGAGGGCGAGGACGACAAUGCCACACACGACGAGGAAGAACUCCUGGCAAUGCAACACGAAACCGGCUCAAGAACAACGGUAAUAGUGAAAUUAAAAGGCGAUCUCGACAUUAUGAUAAGUCCCAUGGUUCUCGAAUCCCUGCAACGUUUCAUCGACGCAAUCACUCCAACUCUAGCCACUCUUCAUCCACUCACAAUCAUCAAUCACGUGCACAAUGAAUGCAUCACAAAAGUCGAGGACGCAAAUAUUUUGAAACAAGAUCAAACUCUCUCGUACUGGAGUCAAGUGCAAACCAGUUCGAAACGAUCGACAGCCGAGAGGAACGUGAAGAGUGACAAUGGAAAAAUUGCCCUACAAACUAGCGUCUAUGAAGAGAGUAUAACGACACAAAUUCAAGGCAGUAUAACUCUACCGAAAAUUAAUAUCACCCUUCUCCAGGCGUCGGUGGUCGAGGAGAUAAUUUCCUUCUCGGCUCUCGAUAAUAUUCGCGAUCUCACCUGUGUUUCAUUGUUUGCCAUUUGUUUCGAUGAAGUCACGGCGCGAUUUUAUCUUGGUAAACAGGCGCGCGAAGUUGUGCAGACAUUUCAUAAACCGGCCGUUUUGCCGAAUCAAAAGAAAGUGAAUAAAAUCACGAAGGCAUUUCUACCGGGUCAUAGAACGGCGGCUGUUGUUGCCGAUAUUGGUGGCGGUGAAACUGUUUAUAUUGAAACAUCAGAGAAACAACAGGAGGAAAUUAUCGUGACACUAAAUAUUGGAAAGGUGCAUUCACAAUUACGUAGAUUGAGAAAUGAAUCGUCAAUUUUGAAGGAUGCUGUCAUUACUGCUAUACCUGGACAGCAUUCAAAGGUUUUAUUCACUUGUACGAGAAUUUCGUCACCUUUGAAAUGUGUUGAUUAUUAUCUUCAGCAACCGACGGAGGAGAAGGAGAAGCCGGGAGCAACGGAGGAGUUUACAUUGGGAAGUGGAGAAGACAGACUGGGAUUUAUAAUGUUUGAAUGUGGAUUCGAAGGCAUUAAAUUGAAAGUGGCCAAAAGAUCGCAAUUCGAGAAAGGCGAAAACGGAAGCGAUGAGAAGAAAAUUGAAACCGAAAUAUUGUACAACGAUAGUGUCAAGAGUCAAGACGAAAUGGAAAAUUCUGCCCCUCUAAAUGCGGAGAUGAAUGAAACGGACACGGGACAGCCGACAACGCCAAACACAGCGCAACCGAAUAAUAGUGCAACGAGCAAUAAUCUCGUGGCAAAAACAACAAAUGGAAAUACCGUUUCUUGUGUGAUUGAACUGAGAACAGUGUGGUUUAAUUUUGCGGCACCUCCACGAACGCCAAUUACGAGGAAAAUUGAUUUUACACGAUUAGAUUGGAAUUUACUUAGUACAGCUUCGCCAGCAAUAAAUGCAUGGAUGAAUCCAAGCAAUAGAUUUGCAAUACAAAUUAUUAAUAUGUUUCGUUCAAUGUACAGAAGAUCAACAGCGGUUGUUGCUUGUCUAAUGGCAGAAGCUUUAGAUAUUCAAGGCAUUCACAUGCCGGCAAAGAGUCGAUAUGGAAGACUCACGCCACUUGCCAAAACUCUUCAGGAGGAUCCGUCUUGUCAAUUAUGUAGCGUUUUACAAAGUUAUGUGAUACUCACCGAUAUUUCCAUGAUUGAGGAAAAUCUCCGAGAAAUCGAUUUACCACUAUUGUCUACCCUUCGUCAGGGCGUAAUUGUUCUAAGCCGACAAUGGAAGAACGUACUUUAUACACCAUUGUUAUUGGAACAUAAUUACAAAACAAAACACGUUAAACCCCUUAAUGUCACUUUUGCCGUUUCCGAUCCUGACGAGGAAAAUAUACUCACGGACGGUGAUGAAGGUAGUGCAGGAGACGUUGACGAUCAAGAAGUCACGGACGAAUGUGCUAUGCUGAUUCAUAGUGACAACUUGCACAAGCAAAGCCACGUUAAAAGUGGACUCGAUAAAACCUCAGGUGUUUGUGGUGAUGGUUUGACGGUUCCGGUAAGCUCUCCUCGCGGGAGAGAUACCAGUCCUUUAUCGACACCGGUACCAGGCCCGGAUUCACUAACCUCUCCCUCUCCACCAGUAGCUCUUUCGAAAAAAGGAAGAUCACUGCAGCCCACACAAGUGCCUGUUAGUACUCGUGCCAGUAUUGUCUUUCCAUUGCUUGCAAGUGGAGGAUUAUUUAAUCAACCAAAAGAACCUAACAUCAGCUAUGGCACGUUACGAGAAGAGAAGACGCCGCAAAUUUACGUUUCGCAUUCACAUCAACUUGGGUCGAAUCCAAGUAUUUAUUCGGGCGGUGGAGGACAUGGAAGUCAGCACAGUACUGGAAGUUUGGACCAAAUUACAUCGCCGACUGGUUAUCAUUCGCGAGGACCGGUUAACGCUGGUGAAGAUUUGUACAGUUGGAUGGCGAAACAACAAGAAUUUAUCAAAGAAAAUGAUAAGACUCACUUGAAAGGAAAUUGGGUCUUUCGGACCGAGCAAAAAAAUAUCAAGGACUCAAAAAUCAAUACAAUGACAACUGACGACACUGAAGAUUCAGACGUUCAAAGCCGGCCAUUUCUGUACCCAAUGAAAGACUCUCUAAGACUGUUAGAUGCUCAUUUAAUUUUUGAACCUCUUUUAUCAUCAUUGUCCGUGAUGCCGCAACAAAUGCUGUCAGCAAUUGGCUCCAGUAAUUUGAAUAACGUUUCAUCGUUGGAUUCACUGGGUUCGAAUUUGUCCCUCGUCGGUAGUAUGGAGACAAUGAGAAUCGAUAUUAUUGUCAGUGAAUUCGGUAAAAUUACCGAUAAAAAGAAAGGAAGCAAAUAUCCGACAAAAAAAGGUGGAACCAAGUUUCAUUUGGACAUUCCGCCGGAAACUCCGGCCUUUUUGUGCGAGAAAAUUGGUAUCGAUGUAGAUAUUAAAAAAAUGGCUGACAUGGCCGUUGAUGAUAUGAUACAGAAGCAGAAUAUUUUAUAUAUUUCACGUGGUCAAUUAAAAAAGCACACAAGUACGGUUGUUAAUUUUAGUUUAAAUAUUCGAUAUAUUAGUCAGCAGGUGAAUAUGCCACUAUUGAGACUGUUGCAUCAAAUAAGUAACAUGUAUCAGAAUUUUAAGGAAACACAAUUGGAACUCAAAGAACAGCAACCCGAAAUCAAAAGGAAUAACAAUUUGACAGUUCACAAUCCUCCCACGAAAAAUGGUUCAUCAUCAACCUCCGAUCUUCAGGACCAUUUGGCAGGUGGUAAAAAAUUAGACGAGCCAUUAAUGCAAAAUAAUUUUGAUGCACAACAACAGAAAGUGAUAUCGCCCUCGUCGAGUAUUCGAUCGAGACCACAAAGUUUUGCGCAAAAAUUACGAAGUACGGGAAAAAGUGUUAAGGGCUACAUUAAUUUGAGUGAAGGUGUUAUUACACCGAAUUUCGGUGCAAGUCCAAAUGGUUCGGGUCUCGAUAAAUUUAGUAUUAUAUCGGAAAAAUGUAAAGACGCAUCGAAAUUGGCGCCACGUUGUUGGAAAACAAUUUACUAUCUUCUUGAUUUAUAUGCAACAAAACCGGAGACAAAAACUGUUGCUCAUCGUUUUUCCGUUCCGGCCGAUAGCGCCGAGAAUUAUAAAGGUGGAAAAAAAUAUGAGACGCUCAAUGAAACGAAAGACACGGAUAUUGAGAAGGGAAUUAAUGCCGAGAGUAGUUCAACGCCAAUUCCACCUCAACGAGAGCUCAAUUUAGUGACUGGAGAGCGAACAAGACUGAUAAUUUUUGGAGUGGCGCGAAUUCAUCGGACACGAUUAUUGGCAACGUUGAGUGGCCUAAAACUCGAGGCGGAGAUAACGAGUUUACACGCGAGUUUAACGUGUCGAAAAAAAUCACGACCAGCGAGUCUCGAAUGCAGUUUGACGGGACAAAUUGGACGAACGAUGAUUGUUUUAUUGGAAGGCGUUGCUCCCAGUCAGCAGACAGUCGUUAAAGUCACUGUCGGAAAAUCGCAAGCUUUAUAUUCCAGCGUGACGAGAAAGCAAAAGGAUAAAAACAGCGGUUUAUUAACCGUCGGCGCUGUUAAUAUUGACAUUCCGCAGCAUCCAGUCGCAUUGCAUGGAAUGAUGACCAGGGGUAGUAAACAAUUAUCCUCCACCCUUCAGGAAUUGAGAGUGACACGAGCGUCAUCGAGACUUUCGCGAGGACAACAGCAGGAGGAGGCGGACGGUGCACCGGGAAGUCCACAUCAAUAUCCACCGGCACCGACGAUAGAUGUGGAGAAACCUCAACAUGUUUCGGGAUUAUUGGAACCGAUUGUUAUGCAAUUUCAUCUUAUUCUCCAGAGUCUCAGUAUCACCGCUGCUCUAUUGCCGUCUCUUCAGGCGCAGUAUAAAAUGGAUCAGGUGACAAGUUCCGGUAUAACUGGUAGCAAGGCAAAAUUCACGAUCGACUUGCCCCAGCAUAGUUUGAGUUUUACUACGAAAUUACAAGUAACCGAGGCGAAUUUACCCUCUGAAGCGAGCAUUGAAUUACCGAAAGUUCACGUCUCCGCUGAAUAUAUUCAGGAUGGAAGCAGUAGUUUAAAUGACAAUAAACUUGCAGACGGUGUUGUUUUGAGACAGGGAAGUUAUUUGAGCGCAAAGGCAGAUAUCGGAGUUUUUGAACAUUCAUUAUCGACUGACUUGUUAAAUCAUUUGGUCUUUGUACAAAAGGUCUUCAUGAGGGAGGUAAACGAAGUCGUGCAGAAGGUGUACGGUGGCGAGAAACCCGUGCCCCUUUGGCUGGAGGACGAAGAACCCGCUUCCUCCUCUUCGUCACUGAAAAGAUUCCUAUUCACUUUAAUCAUACGAAUUAAGAGGAUCCAAUUAACAGCGACAACACCAACAAAUUCGGCAGUGCGACUAGAAACAGGAGCCGUUGAAUUACAAUUAUCAAAUCGUGUUCAAAAUGUUUCCGGUUCAACGCAAAUGAAACUUUUUGGAAAAGCUCAAGUCGAUAUUAAUUUGAGUUUAGGACAAUUAUUGAAGAAUGUCAUGUUCGAGGAGGCGGAACCUGAAUUUCAACAAUUUGCAUUCUUUAAUACACGUGUUGGUUUACGUAAUGCAUUUCAGGAGGAAAUGGCUGAGGAUGAAGCCAAGGAAGUUGUAUUGAUAACAUUAAAACGUCCAUUAAUUUACAUUCAACCAAUUGCCGUCGAUAAGGCCGUGUUGGUUUGGUUAAAUUACAAAAAUGCUUAUGAAUAUUGGAAUGAGAAGAGAUCGAAUUUAAAUAAAGAAGUAUUGACGGCAACUCAACAGGUCUUUGAGAAAGUUCCAUUCGGCCAAUUAACAAGUCAAUUGAGCGCACCAAAUUUAGGAACAUUAUUUUUACAACUCACUGUCGACGAUAUGGGAAUUUGCAUUCCAUUAAAUUCACUGCCACCAAAUAAUUGGGGAAUGAGUCGUGGACUUUAUGAUGGAGAAUCGCGAGGCGCUGUUGUUAUUACUUUGGAGAAUACGAGUAUUUCUGCGUGUAGCAGUGGAAGUCUCGUUAGUAAAGGGCGAUUUGUUGGCCUUUGCUUAAGAUUUGCAGAGGAUUUUGAAACUUCUCUGGACGAUUGGAAACCGGAUAUGACAGAUAAUAAUGUGAUGAAUCUUUGUGUUGUUUCCGAAGGUACUUAUGAAGUCUGCAGUCGAACUAUUGCACAAAAGCAAGACAAAUCAGAUAACGCGAAAUGGUUAUUGAAUGUUCAGUGGCAAAUGGAAGGAGUUGAUAUUCAUUUGGACGUGAGUGUAGGUAAACAAUUGUCAGCACUUGGUCACACUUUGACAAUGUUAACGGGCUUCGAGGAAGACGAUCCUCAUGUUUCGCUCGAUUAUGAUAGUGACGAUGCGGAUCAACCAAACAACAGCACGAGCCAGGUUAAAAAAAAAGAGAGCAUUUUAAUGAAGAAAUCGAAAAAUUGGACAGACAGUUUGCCGGCAUUUGUGUUCGAUCCGUCCCUUGAUGCAAAGAAGCGUUCGAAAUUAAUUGAAAAGGAAAUGAAUGAGCAGGCGAAAAUUAUCAACGAUCUUAGAUCAUUGGGCGCCUCUCAUGGAACAAUUGAACAGGAAAUGAAACGUUUACACGAACUGGAGGCAAUGGUCUUCAAAGAUUUUCGAAGGGACAUGAUUCAAAAAUUGAGAAGACAAUCGGUUAAAGCUUCGGGAAUAAAGGGAAAACUUGGCCUGGGUAGUAAACCGAGUGCAUAUCGAUCGCGAUCGUUUAUCGUUCCGUCGCCAACUCCAGAACAUCAAGUUGAAAGUCCCGAGGAUUUGAAUGCGGACAUUAAUUCCGCAAAUUCUGCGAGUUACGAGAGUAGUCCCAGAAGUGGUCCUAGUCGAUCAGCAUCGUUGAGAGUGAAAGGACUCAGCGGACCAAGAGUGACAUUUAGUGAUACUCACACAAUGUGCCGGCAAUCCUCCCUGCCGAGUGCAGGAUCGGAAUUGAGUUUACCCGAAAGGGAACUCGAUUGGCCGGACACUAUUGAAAUCGAGGGAGAACAAGUUGAAUUGAGAAAGAAACAUCGUGAUAUGAGUGUCACUUCGAGUUACGAUAGUAUGGAAGGAAAUGCGCCUCUUCUUGAUUCAUUUGGAAGGGAACAAACUUCGACGACAUCCUCGCCACAUAUCGUGCCACAAAAGCCUCAGGAGCCCAAUAUAGACUUUGAACUUGACGUUAAAGUUUUAAUUAACAGUGGAAAAUGCGUUCUACACACUAAAGAUCCAAAAGAAGACGAACUCAAAUUAUUAACUAGAAUGAAAAAAGAACGCUCCUGCUCUGGUGGCAAUUUUGAAUUCCAGCCAAGUAGUCCUAGUAGUAGCAGAAAACACCUGAGCAGUAAAGAUAAAUCGGCAACUACAAGUUCAGCGAGAUUACGAUUCGUUCAUCAUGCGAGCGUGCCUUUAGUAGAUUUGACCAUUUUUCACAUUCCAGGAUUAGAUGUUAAGAUACAUUACGAGUCAAAAACACUUCCUGAAGAACCAAUAUCACCGAGAAUUGCCCCUGAUCAGAAUAUACUGAAUCCAUCGACGUCGAAUUUAUUAAAGAAGUCGAGCACAAAGAAAGCGAGUCUCUUCGCAUGGAUGACACUUCAAAGUAUUCCAGAAGAAACAAUUAUCAGUCCACAUAUCCUUGAAUUUCUCGAACAAACACUCGAACCAAUUCCAAGUAAACCGUCAUUUAAUAGUAGUGGACAAACAAAUGCGAUGUUCCCUCUAGAGAAUAUGGAUAGUUCCUCGUGGGCCGUUUCUGCCGCCAGUGGAAAUUAUGUUUACUCCAGUUUUCCAGUUGAUGUCAUCGUUUAUUUUCACAUGCAGCCCUCCACUUUUCGAUUUUCAUGUUUGCCAGUGUCGAGAGUCGAAUGUAUGUUACAAUUGCCGUCGCUGGACAUUGUUUUUUCGUCGAAACGCGCCGAGGAAGAAAUGACUGAAUUUAAAGAAUACAAGACAAAUAAUGCGCUGUCAAUGGGCAAGGAGGCUGGUUCAGCUACCGGUGGAUUAUCAGUGACCGGUUGUCUCGCUGACUUUUCCGUUUAUAUAUUUCACCCCUAUGGCGGUGGCAAAAAGUCUGGAUUAAAGGAAGCCCAAUGGUCCCCAUUGUCCGACAGCGAACGAAAAGACUCUCUCAGUAUAAAUGUUGAAUUCGUUAAAUUUCAUUUGUCAAGAAGUCGAAAACUCAAUUUUCCCAAUGAACAACUGAAGAAAACUGAUUCGAGUCGAGCUGUUAUUCGAUUCUCAACUAUUGUUGAUAUUGGAUCGGCGUCAUUUAAAUACGACAUGCGUCGUUUGACGGAAAUUCUCGCAUUUCCAAAAGCGUGGUAUCGUCGUAGUAUUGUGAGGCGUCUUUUCUUGGGCGAUUUGAGCAGCAGUGCCGCAUAUUCUGAAGGCGAUGGUACACCGCCUUUGAAUCAAGAGGAAGCUGUAAUGGGAAGUUCACUAUUGAAACAUCAUGAGAGACACGGUGCUGAUAUACUUUCGAAAAGUGCGCCCGAACGUAGUCCUACAUUAAACAGAGAUAAAUUAAGACUGAGUCUUGAAAAUGACAUACCAAAACAUGCAAGACUGAAAGACAUUGGAAGAGGAUGGAGUUUCACCGCCGAGAAACAAGCACCGUCUGAAGUGAAAAUGAGAGAAUCAGCUUGGGAGACAUUGGUUUUGUUUGCAAUUAAUUCAACUCGCUUGAAUGUUCACAUGAACAUGGGUAACGUUAUGGGAAAUGUUUCUUGGAUGACGAAGGAUUUCCGAUCUGACGGUAGAUUAUCAAUUGGCAGCACGGGACAUAAGAAUUUGUACAUUGGCGUUGGUCUCGGUGGUUCUAGCUUAGACGCAAAAGGCGGAAUUGUCGGCGGUAUUAUUGAACUCAGUAAAAUUGACACGUACAUUCACAUUCGAGAGGAACCAGGAACUGAGCCCGAUCACACUGUGGGUUUAAAACUCUUUGCACUGGAGUUGCGUUUGGAUUAUAUGGGCACAAGUGUUUUAAUGAGUCGUGUUUCUUCUCUCGACGUCACUCUGCGGGACGAAUGGAAAAUUAAUAGAAAUAAUAAAGAGGACGCUUUCAUGCCCACGAGAAGGCCAGCAAUUAUUUUCAUGCACGGUGAUUUGGGUUGGGAUCAAUUGCAGAUAAUGAUCAGUAAAUCGACAACUGCUGAUCUGUUGAAAAUGUAUUACAAAUUGGAUGAAUUUUUCAGUCAACAAUUUAAGAGCAGUAAACGUGUGUUUAGUUCGUUGCAACCACGUCAUCAGAGAGUUAGCAACAGUAGCUUCAAGAAGAGGCAACAAAAGAAAAAAUCAACUACCGAAAGUCCGUGGACGAUGAAUCAGACGGCGAUUUCUGAUGCACGACAUCAUCGUCAUUGGCAACGUGUCUUGGCGCAAGUAGCUGGCCUCCAGUUGGGAAGUUUGAAAUUUUCUCUGCCAUCAACUGGAACCGUGCUCGGUGGUACAAUGGAACUUCAUGGAUCCAACAUCAGUCUCGCUUGUUUUCACGGCAUUAAUUUCAAAAGCAAAAAUUGGGCUCUGUUCUCCAUGAAGGAGCCGUGUAUCAGUUUUGCCACUGAAGCUCAAGAAAUUCCGAGUGUCGAAUCGCCGAAUACGUGUGACGUUCAUAUAGUGCAAACUUUAACGAUAAGUUUGGGUCAACAGCAAGAGCAACACGCGAGGCAUCAUUCAAUGGCGACAGUUUGCAGGCUCAGUAGAAGCGUUUUAUUUCCACCACAAUUCAAGACAUUACAGGAAUGGUUUCAUUACGCAUUCGCGAGCAGUGAAAUCGAUGCUGUCGAUCGAUUCCCGUGUGUUGAACGCGAAAGAACGGACAGCACCUCUGAAAGUGCAAAUCCAGUCCGCGGGAGAAGUACAUCAACAGCUUCUGGCAAAUUACAGGAACAUUCUCACACCAGGGAAGUGAUAUUUGCUCUCCCCUCGUUGCAAUUGCACUUGAAAACCGAACAUUUGCAAAGUGCGAAAACGCCAGAUGUUAUUGGACUGCCUAAACAUAUUUUAUAUAGUGAGAAGCCAUUGGUGGAGUGCAGCUUUAUUACAGAAUUUGAAGAUCAUAUUUUUGUGACUGUGGAUGCCGAAGCCUUUUUCUUUUUACACGAUCUUAUCUCCUCGUAUGUCAAGGAGAAAGAGAGAGUGAAUUAUGGAGCAAGAGCGCACAGUCCCGAGGCUCCGGAAAAGAAAAGCGCAACCACCAAUACAAGCACUUCGAGUACGUCAACGAUUUCCGAAGACGAGAAGAAAAGAAAGCAGUACGACCCUACAGAAAUGUUCAUCAAAGACUGGCGAUCGUACAGAUGUAAAACUUGGCAUCUCGAACCAACUGUCAGAUUACUAUCAUGGGCUGGAAAGAGUAUCGAGCCCUAUGGUAUCGACUACAUUCUUCAAAAAUUGGGCUUCUCUCAUGCACGCACGACAAUACCAAAAUGGAUUCAAAGAGGAUACAUGGACCCAAUGGAUAAAGUUCUCGCCGUUCUUAUGCUGAGAAUGGUCUUGGCAAUUCGCGAAGAACCUGUCGAGGACAAGGAGCACAAGAAGGAAAAAUCGUGAAUGCCACCAAUCAACGAUCUUAAAUUAUAAAAAAAAGAAAAAGAAACAAACAAAAGACACAUAUAAUACAGAAGAGGGAAAAAAAGGUCUGUAUGAUAUUAAUUUUUUGUGAUAUAAAGUCCAAAUUUUCAAUUAAAAAACAAAAAGGAAAAAACUAGUCUAGAAAAUUGCUUCGUGAAUAUAUCAGAGUCAUAAAUAGAAUCAACGACUGUGAAUUUUCCAUUCACGUAUACAUAUUUAGUGUUCAAUAUUUAUAAUUAUAUUAUAAUUAUAUACCGAGAAGAAUAGACGAGAGAGAAAAAAAAGAGGAAAAUAUAUAUUACAAGAAACAAAAAAAAUAUAUAAAUAUAUAUUAAUAUAUCAUCGAACAAGUGAUAAAAAUAAAAUGGAAAGGCGAUUCGUAGUUAGCCAUUCCACAUAAACACACAGAGAGAAAUUGUAUUGAUAGGACGAAAAAACGUCGUCGAUCUUUCUCGUGAUGCAAUUGCGUUUAGAUGAAUGUGAUAUGUUAACAGUGCAAAUUUCAUAUUUCUAGUGGUUGUACAAUUCGAAUGAAUCUGUGAUUUAUGAAUGAAAGAUAAAAGAGCAAAGAAAAAAAGAGAGAAAUGAAAAAAACCACCCAAAUGUGGUUCACCGUGUCUUUAAUCGUAUUUUACUCUAAGUGUCACAAAGUAGAGAUCAUUAUGUAUUUGUAUAUAUAUUUGGGUGGAAAGUGAUGAUCAUUCUAAAAUUUUAAUGCUAGAAAUUAGUUUUCGAUUUUUCGUAAUUCGUAAACAGUUUUCGUCUCGAAAAUGAAAUUCAAUAAAUGAAAAUCGACUUUUUAUUGUAAAAUAAUUUUUGUUUAUUAUUAAAUAGUAAAUUUUUGUUUAUUACUCAGUUGAAAUUUUUAAUU